CAUCUCUCUCUCUCGCUCUGUCUUACCCUUACCCUAGUAUUGAAUUGCUUGGGUAUACUCGAACAUGACUGGACGAUACCGAAUCCACUAGCUGGGCCACUACUCGACUGGGCACGCAGGGUCUCUGAUCGGAUCUCCCCAUCCACACACACACACACACACACACACCAGGAAGAAGUGCGCUCAACCACUGAACUUCCUCUCCCGCCCCUCCUUCCCCCAUUUGGAAGUUAUUAAUGGCAAUCUCUCAUCCUGAAUCAGGCGAAAUUAGCUCACCUCAUGCCUGCUUUACCCUCGUUUAGACUAACAACUAUUAAUCUACUUUGUUGCUUCAACCUCUCACCGUCCCUGUGUAAGCGCCCAAGGGACCCAAUCCUCCCACUUGCCUCCCACUCUCCUCCCAACCUCACCCAACCACAUCCAACUAUGGCAUAUGCGGGCAGGCCCGCUCCGUUCGCGGAUUGGAUGGAGAAGCACCGAGAGGGUCUUUCGACUCGUUUUCGCUGGCUUCCUCUCUGCUCACCCUGUGUGACUGGACGGAACAUGCCUGUUCUGCACUGUGCUGUCUCUGCAGCAGCCGGUCCCUCUAGUUAUCACAAUAUCGAUCCAUCUGUCUCCGCCAAAUACCCAGGGUCACUCUCUGUUUUUCCUUCUCCUUCCUCCUCUACAAAAAGACUCGGGAGUGCCCUACAACCCGCAGGGUCCUUUCUCCGAUUUCUGACCGUCUUGCCGCUUCUGCAGUGCAUAUCAUGAAUUGGAAAAACCAUCACAACCAUCCUCAGUAGAUCGUCUUCCUAUCUGCACGACCACUGCAGUCUCCUCCCCCUCCUCCUCCUCGUGCAUUGCUGUGUGGUAACCACUCCACCCCCACAGCUUCGCCGCCCUCGUGCUGCCCGUGAUCAUGGUAAGUUCGCCCCACAUGCAAUUCUGCGUGGCCCUUU